AUGACGAAUCUCACGCACGUUCUGUACGAGUCGGCCUCCGGCUACGGCCUGUUCGAGGUGAUGCAGGCAGAGAAGAUCGGCGCGAAGCUGGCCGAGGUGCAGUCGACGGUGCUUGACAUCAGCAAGUUUGGCAAGUAUGUCCGCAUCAAGUCGUUUGCGCCGUUCAAGAACGCAGCCGAUGCGCUCGAGAACAUCAACGACGUGUCGGAGGGCGUCUGCAGCGACUCCCUGCAGGCGUUCCUGGAGCUGAACCUGGGCAAGGGCAAGCACCAGCUGCUGGGCGUCAGCGACCGCAACCUGGCGGGUGCCAUCAAGGCGGCGACCGAGAUCCCGUGCACGACCGAGGAGCUGUCGAACGAGCUGCUGCGCGGUAUCCGGCUGCACGCUGAGCGGCUGAUCGAGCAGCUGAAGGCCGGCGAUCUGUCCAAGGCGCAGUUGGGUCUGGGUCACGCGUACUCGCGCGCCAAGGUCAAGUUCAACGUGAACCGCUCGGACAACAUGAUCAUCCAGGCGAUCUCGCUGCUGGACCAGCUCGACAAGGACCUGAACACCUUCGCCAUGCGCGUGCGCGAAUGGUAUGGCUGGCACUUCCCUGAGCUCUCCAAGAUCAUCGCCGACCACUACAAGUACGCGCGCCUGGCCAAGCUCAUCAAGAACAAGGGCACGCUGGGCGACGACUCGAUCGAUGCGCUCACUGAGAUCACCGAGGACGACUCUAUCUCCCGCCAGAUCCUCGAUGCUGCCCGCGCGUCCAUGGGUACCGACAUCUCCGAGAUCGACCUGCUCAACAUCGAGACCUUCGCCGCCCGCGUCAUCUCGCUGUCCGAGUACCGCAAGAGCCUGUACGACUACCUGGUCAGCAAGAUGAGCGUCGUGGCCCCCAACCUGGCUGCCCUGAUUGGCGACAUUGUCGGUGCCCGCCUCAUCUGCCACGCCGGCUCGCUCACCAACCUCAGCAAAUACCCGGCGUCCACCGUCCAGAUCCUCGGUGCCGAGAAGGCCCUGUUCCGUGCCCUCAAGACCCGCGGCAACACGCCCAAGUAUGGCCUCAUCUACAACUCGUCGUUCAUCGGCCGCGCUGGCACCAAGAACAAGGGCCGCAUCUCGCGCUUCCUCGCCAACAAGGCUACCAUUGCCUCGCGCAUCGAUUGCUUCUCAGAGACCCCCAAUGACGUCUUUGGCUCGGCCCUGCGGCAGCAGGUUGAGGACCGCCUCAACUUUUACGAGACCGGCGCCCAGCCCUCCAAGAACGCCGAUGUCAUGGAGAAGGUCCUCAAGGCCAUGAAGACCGAGGACGAUGAGGACGAGGAGGCGGCCCCGGCCAAGAAGGCCAAGAAGGAGAAGAAGGAGAAGAAGGAGAAGAAGGACAAGAAGAAGGACAAGAAGAAGAAGUAA